AAAAAGAAAGGGGGGGCGGGAAUCACAGCUGUGCCAGAAGUUAAAAUACUACAAGUAUUAAGAUUCACCUCUGCUUUCUAAGCACCUGGGCAGACUUGUCUAAACAGGAAUGUUUCCAUCAGGCGCUGAAAAAUGUACAGUGAAAAGGAGGUGUCUGCUUGAUCUCAAUAGGCAGGGAGUUCCAAAGUGCAUGUGCUGCCACACUAAACGAAUGGGUAUUAUGUGGCACCUGUAUUUUGCUUUGUUUUAUUUAUUGAACAAGAAGAGUAUUGUUUUACUCUCACCACCCAAUUUUGUGGGCAGCUGUGUUGGUCUGUUUAAGAAAGCGACCGAGGGAAGGAGGAGAUAAAACACCCCCAAAAGUUAACAGUAAGGCAGGAGUGGGGAAUCUGCAUGCUGCCCCCACCAAAAAAUGUUUUUGGGACUAUAAAUCCCAUCGUUCUUGACUGCUCACCAUGCAGUUUGAGCCCAGCAAUAUUUUGGGAAGGCUACACCUUCCCCACCUCUGGUUCAGUGUCUUUAUUAAGGCUCUGAUCCUUUGCACACUUAAUUAUCUGGGACUAUGCACCUAUCAAGUACAGUGGUGCUUGCUUCUGAGUAAACGUGUAGGGUUAUACUAAUGGAGCAGUUAAAAGAGAGUAGUGUUCUUUAGUUCCUAGCCUGUUGCCCUUAUUUUACUUUUGGGUGGGUGCAAAAUCUUCCUUUCUGUCAUUUGGUUGUGAUGCCAAAAGGAGUAGGGAAUUAACUUUAAAGUUGAACAGAUUUAUCAAGGCAUAAGCAUCCAUGGGCUGGAGCCCACUUCGUCCUCAUUUGGCAGAUAAUGACAAAUUUCCAUAUAUAUCUGAAUUUGUGUGUGUGUGUGCAUGUAUUUAAUUCUGGGUCUUUAUCUUUUUUGACCAAAGCAGCAUUUAAAAAGAACAAAACCAUUAAUAACAACUAGGUUAAAGUUAAAACAACAGCACAUUGCUAGCUGAGGCUAGCAUUUUAUAUAUUUGGGCUCAAGCCCAUGGAUGUCUACCCACAAUAAAAUUGUUCAUCUUUAAGGUGCCACUGGGCUCCUUACUGUGGUUGAUGUGGCAGACCAACGUGGCUACCCCUCUGGAUUUGGUGGUGGCAGUGAUCAUACAUGAUCCAUAGAAGUGAUGGGGACGAUGACACAGGACUCAGUUGGGGGGGGAGCGGGCAGUCUUAGGUAGAAGUGCUUCCUUGCGACAUAGGAUUCAGGCUUGCCUUUUGAUAACACUUGGUAAUUCUAGAAGCCUCUGGCCUCCCCCAAUGUUCACUUCCUUCCUGGCAGAGGGUUAACAUAUAAUGCCCCCCUCCCCCUUGUAGGAGGGUUGUGUAUGGUUAUAUAUAUUUAUAUAUGCUGGGGUGGGAAUAAUCUCCUUUUCAAACCAAACUUCAUAAUGGCUUCUCCUAUGAACUGAACGAAGACGAGCUUUUUUGUUUGUGUACUGGAAAAUAAACAAAAUAACUUGUCUCCUUUUCCCUUGGGUUUUAGAUGGGUUUUCAAGUAGCCUAAUUUUGGAAUGUAUCCCUUUUGGUAUUGUGUUGUUGGCUGGAACGUUUUGUGAUGGUACCUGGAAUGUUUUGUAUGGAAAAUGCCUUUCCAUCCUAACUUCCAGCAAGACCUGUAGACUGAUGGACUCAGCUGUUGGUGAUGUGUCAGCCCUAAAAUAAAAGACCUCUUCCCUAGAUCACUGUUGAGAUUCUGCCUCUUCUGUUGUUUAGCUUAUUUCUGUUUCACUUUUCCUUCACUGGUGACAUCUUUGCAACACCUCAUGUGAGGCAGGUUAAGUUGGUGAAUAGCGAUAGCUUUGUAGUGAAUGAGCAUCAUAGCUCAACAGGGACCCCAAACCUGCGAUCACUUCUUCUUAACAUUUACAUCUAGUAUUGCUUCUGGCAUGUGCCAGCAAAUGUUUAAGCAGCUGCUACAUAUGUUGCUGUUUAUCUAAUUUGGUUCAUUAUGUUGCUGAUUGGAGGUGCACUGGUAGGAUUAGAAUCUGAUAGUGAUUUUUGACUUGUGGAAACCUUUCUGAUUGCAAUGUAGGUAAUGGCUUCUGCAAUCUUUGUAUAUCUUCCUUACGCUUGGUAGUGCUUUCAAUUUUGAACAAAACCUUCUAAAUGGAGCUUUGUGUCUGGUUGGAUAGUCUCAGUGUUGGAGGAUUUUCUGCCUGUGCUUUUAGUGGAUGGUUAUUUAGGGACUUUUUCACGAAUACUAAUAUACAAGGAGACUGAACCAGAUUUUUAAGUAGUGAUGAAUUCCCCAUAACACUCAGCACAGGAAAGUCUGAAUGACUUUGGUUUGAAAAGGGGCACAUGGCAUAUUGUAAAUGUUUGCUCCUUCCGUUUCAAUUUCACACAAAGACCCAAAUUGAAAACUAAUUUUUAUGUUAUGAUAAAUAAUCCCAAAGUGAUAGCACCCUUGAACCUAGGCAAAGCACAUGACAAAUUACUUUCCGUGGGAAUUUCUGUAAAGGACCAUUGCAUGCCAGUAAAGACUGAAAAUGAAUUGUAUACAGAAAACCUCUAUAGAUACUAGAUAAUAAAGUUUCUUUUUCCAGGUACACAACCAAACAAGUGUUUUUAGUUUGAAGGAUUGGUGAUGAAGUGAUAAAUUGAUUAUUGGUUGGAAUUCGGUUCUAUGCUAAGCAAAUUGAAUAGCAGUGUAAAUUCAAGUGUCUUAUGUGCUGGUGGAAUUUUCAGUAGGGUUAGGGAUGCGGACACACACUUAUUGGGCAGCUUGUAGUCUGGAAUGAAUCAGCUGUGAAGAACGGUGGGAGCAAAUUGUAGCAUAUGCUCAUGGCCUAUAAAGUAAACAAUCUACAUUUGUAAAUUAAGGAGGUUUGACAAACUUACACACAACUGUAAUACAAAAUAGCUUUCAGAUGGGCAGGAAAAUUUUUAUAUUUUUCUAGGAAUCCUCAUUUUUACCUUGAGCAGUCCAAAAUUGUUCAUCUUCAUCAGAAGAUGAAAUAACAUUGGUAUUGAGAUAUUCAAGGCCAAAAUUCCUGUGGGAAAAUGCUUUUGGUAAUCUGUUGCUUGUUGUGAUAUUUUUUAUUUUAAGCUGGUCAGACUUUUAUGCAGUGUCCAUCUCGGACUGGUGAAAUUCAUUGCUGUGUCAACUCACUUUUUCCAAAUCACAUGGAAACCAUUGGAUUAUUACUAACAUUCUUCAAUAAACUAAGCUAAACCAAUGUUGCACAAAUAAUUCCACAGAAAUUAUUAGACAAUAAAAAUGCUUACUAAGUUACUUGCCAAUCAUACAUUUAUAGCACACAUUUCAGUUUACAAAACUAUAUUUGAUUGCCUGAGGGUGAUUCUUACUUGCCAAAGGUGACUAAAUGAAAAGCUGUUUACAAGCCCAAAAUAAACCAUUUAACUGUAUUUAAGGAGACUUCUGUAUCUCUUUAGCAUUAUGGUAUUUUUAGUACCUUCUGUAGAGAACCUCCUUAAAUUGCACAUAUGUUACUGUUCCUAUAUAUGUGUGUCUCUCUAUCACAUAAUCAGCACUUCUUUCCUCAGCCAAAUGGCUAGGGGCCGAGCCUAGCCAUGAUUUUACCUCCAAUGGACGCAAGUUUCUUUGGUGAAGAUUUCUCCUGAGAGUUCGAGACUAGCAGAAAGAAGCGAGGAAAUUGCGACCGUUUGGUUCUUACGGAUAGGUAUGAUGGGCGUGGUCACCUGCAUGACCUUUCUGAAUAUGAUGCUGAAUAUUCCACAUGGAACAGAGAUUACCAGUUGUCUGAAGAGGAGGCUAGAAUAGAAGCCCUCUGUGAUGAAGAGAGAGGAAGAAUAUAAGAGACUGAGUGAAGCUUUGGCAGAAGACGGUACCUAUAAUGCAGUGGGAUUCACUUACAGUAGUGAUUAUUAUGAUCCUUCGGAGCCCACUGAGGAGGAAGACCAGCCUUCAAAAGCAAAAGCUGCUGCGGCCAAGGCAGAACAUGUGGAGGAAAAUGAAGAACCAUUUGUUGCUCCUUUGGGACUGAAUGUACCUUCUGACGUGGAGCUGCCACCAACAGCCAAAAUGCAUGCAAUCAUAGAACGGACUGCAAAUUUCGUCUGCAAGCAGGGGGCUCAGUUUGAGAUUAUGCUGAAGGCAAAGCAAGCUCGGAACUCUCAGUUUGACUUUUUGCGGUUUGACCACUACCUCAACCCUUACUACAAGUUUAUUCAGAAAGCUAUGAAGGAGGGGCGAUAUGCUGCGACUUCAGAAAAGAAAAAAGAGGAGGAAAAAAAUGCUGGAGGUACUGAUGAUGAAGAUGAUGACUACGAUGGAGAUAACUACCUGCACCCAAGCCUCUUUGCUUCUAAAAAGCACAGUAGACUUGAAGAGCUUAUGAAGCCUUUAAAGGUGGUGGACCCUGAUCACCCACUGGCAGUGCUUGUUCGCAAGGCUCAGGCUGACAAUAACUUGGCUGCCCCACAGCCAGCUGAAGGAGCAGCUGUUCAGUCAUCACAAAUAGAAUAUUCUUCAGAUCCAACUGUGGCAGCCAUGUAUUACAGUUACUACAUGCUGCCAGAUGGAUCCUAUUGCCUCGCCCCUCCACCCCCAGGAAUUGACAUGGCAACUUAUUACAAUGCACUACCAGCAGGAGUGACUGUGUCUAGCACUACAGGAGUAGCCACAAUGACAGCACCACCUCCUCCUGGCACUACACCACCACCAUCUUCAGAGGCAACUGAUGACACCAGUGGUGUAAUGCCUGCCACGACUACUUCAACAAGCACAAUUCCUUCUGUGGUUACCAUCAUCCCCCCACCUCCAGACAUCCAGCCCGUGAUUGACAAGUUAGCUGAAUAUGUUGCUAGGAAUGGGAUUAAAUUUGAGACCAGUGUCCGUGCCAAGAAUGAUCUAAGGUUUGAGUUCCUGCAACCUUGGCACCAGUAUAAUGCCUACUAUGAAUUUAAGAAACAGUUUUUCCUUCAGAAAGAGGCCAGUGACAGCUCAAAGCAGGUAGCAACUUUAUCGGAGGAUGUCCCUGCUGAUACUGCCAACACUGAACCUGGAGAAGCCCAGUUUCCCGCUGACAGCAUGUCUGAAGAUGUAGAGUCUGCUGCCCAAGGAAAUGAUAAACAAGAUGCACUGGCCAUUAAAAUUUCCAAUGAUGGCAAACUGAUAAAAGCAUCCUUUGCACCAAUAAGCUUUGCAAUCAGGGCCAAAGAAAAUGACAUGCUCCCCUUGGAGAAAAACCGUGUGAAACUUGAUGAUGACAGCGACGAGGAGGGGGAAGAAGGCAAGGAAGGCCAAGAGAAUGCCAGUAGCACCUCAAACAGCCAUUCAGCAUUUGCCAUGUCCAGUGGGGCUGCUGAAGAGAAGAAGCCUCAGCUGACACAGGAGGAGCUGGAAGCCAAACAAGCAAAGCAGAAACUAGAGGACAGAUUAGCGGCGGCGGCAAGGGAAAAGCUAGCCCAAGCCUCCAAGGAAUCGAAAGAAAAGCAGCUUCAGGCGGAACGAAAAAGAAAAGCUGCACUGUUCUUGCAGAACCUGAAGAAUCCCCUGGCAGAUGCAGAGGUUGAGAAAAUGGAGGAGCAUGCCUUCAAUAUAGAGACUGUUGGUAACAUGCAGUGUCCCCUGUUGACUGGCAUCAGGACAUUGCCAACCUUGGAAGCAAAGGCACCUGAAAGGCCUUCAAGCAGAAGCAGAGAUCUGCCCAGGGAAGAAGAGCGGGAGAAAAAGAAGAAAAAGCACAAGAAAAGAUCCCGGUCAAGGUCAAGGUCGCCUCCUUCCAAAUAUCACUCUUCGUCUAAAUCCAGGGUUCGGUCACAUUCAAAAGCCAAGCACUCACUUCCCACUGCCUAUAGAACUGUCCGGCAUUCCAGGUCUCGCUCAAGAUCACCCAGGAGAAGAGCUCACACACCUGAAAGGCGCAGGGAGGAGAGGAGCGUCCCAACUGCAUAUCGUGUCAGCAACAGUCCAGGAAUGAGUAGGCGGCGCACACGUUCCAGAAGUCCCCAUGAAAAGAAGAAAAGGAGAUCUCACUCCCACACCAAGUCCAAAGCGAGGUCUCAUUCGCCAUCCAUCUCUCCAGGCAAACAAUCUGCACAUAAGAACUCCACCCAUUCAGCCAGUGUCUCUCCUGUGGAGAGUAGGGGAUCCAGCCAAGAACGUUCUGGGGGCGUUUCUUUGGAAAAAGACGGCCAGAUCUCUUCAGCGAUUGUGUCGUCAGUGCAGAGUAAAAUAACUCAGGAUCUUAUGGCCAAGGUGAGGGCAAUGCUCGCAGCUUCCAAAAACAUCCCAACUAGUGCCUCCUGAGACCAGAAGGAGGGACUCUUCAGAAUACCGUGUACAGAAGGAAACUUGGUUCCAGUGGUUCCCAACAACAGAGUUCCAGGAGCUGACAUCCUUGUUGUGUACAGAAGAUCUCAUUGGAACUUCAAUGAUUUUUCCACGUCAAACUUCCUUUUGAUAAAAUAAGCCUUUGGGGGUUUUGUAAAUUACGUUUUGACCAGUUCUUCAGUAAGAAUCUUACCAUGAGCAAUGUCUGUAUAUUUGUAAAUAAAAUGUUCCUGCGGAUGUUAACACAAAUUAAAAUGCAGAUAAACCAUUUUUAUUAAAUA